CAAGCGUAAGCGAAACCGUAAGUAGAGCUUAGACUUAUGCGAAACCGUGGUGCAAGAUAUUUAUUCAGUCUGAACUCCGGUACUACAACCUGGUGUCUACCACGAGAAGAACAAUGUUGUUGUCAAUCGGACGCUCCUCUGCGUGCUCCUCCCUGAAGCCUGCUAUUGUGGCAUCCACGCCUGUUGCCUGUUGUUCAGCGUCGUUGCCGUGGAUAGCUAGAACCAGUGGAGGGGCCGCCACUUCGCGAGUUUUCGACAGCCCAGGGGUAUACUAUCCUGCUUCGGGUGCUGCACCAUCAAGUCAUUUUCGUGUCUUUGCACCUGCUGCUCUUCAACAGCAAACCCGGCACGGCUCGACGCGCACGUGCUCCAAGUCGAUUCUGAAUCACUUCUACUGCCACCUGCGCAUCCGCCGGCGGUGGCGACGGGCUUUGUGGAAGGGCACCAUGAAGUGGGACGACAGCAUCGGACAGGCCAAGAUCCCCGAUCUCAACAUUGAGGGCCACGAAAAGCACAAAAACAAGCCCUACAAGGGGAAAUUCGAAAAUUGCCGCUCGCAACGGGUCAUGUUCUACCACUAGUAGGAGAAGAUGAGGACGAUCAUGCUCAUGGUCAUGCUCACGUGAUGAAAUAAUCCAGUUAUUUUUCAUUGUCUAGUCGUGAUUGACACUUGAUUUCCAUUUGCCGCUCCUUCUGUGAAAAAAGAGAAGAUCCUAUGGUGCAAAAGGAGAAAAGAACCAACACAGAAAGCUUCUCAAGAUUAGGCCGCGAUUUAAACGUGGAAUAUGACGACCGACCCAUUUGUGGUCAUAAUCAAGUGCCGUCAAUUUUUCAUGUGGAGGUUAACUGCGGAUUCAUUUCUUGUUCACCUUCAAAACCGAGAACAGGUACAGGCUUACACUUACUUUAACAGCCAACUGCAGCCAGCUAUUUCAAAAU